UGCUUGCUUUCCAUCAAAUUCAUCCAUCUCUCCAUUCACUCAUCGGAUCAGCACAUUUCCACUUCUUGGAACAUAAAAAGGCAAUACGAGGACAAGGACAAGGAUAUAGACAAAGACGAAAUACAAGGUAUCAUACCGAGGAUAGCAAGGAAGAUUAGAUAUAUCAAAGGAGCGGUACCUAUCAAUCUAUCCAUGCCAUGGUUGGAUCCACAUUGUCAAGCUCCUUGGCCAACUCGGCACCGAUCAGCAUCCUUGCAUAUUGUUUUUCUAGCAUCCUUAUGACGGUCACCAAUAAGAUGGUCUUGUCUCACUUUGACUUCAACAUGAAUUUUCUGCUAUUGAGUAUUCAAGGUACGGUAGCCAUUGCGCUUCUCCGAGUAUUCAAGAAGCUCGGACUCAUCUCUUACCGCAGGCUGGACAAGGAUGAGGCCAGAAAAUGGCUCCCUAUAUCACUGGGACUUGUCUGUAUGAUUUAUAGUGCCAGCAAGAGUCUACAAUAUCUUUCUAUACCAGUAUACAGUGUUUGGAAAAACCUGACCAUCAUCCUUAUUGCCUAUGGUGAGGUGCUCUGGUUCGGAAGCAGGGUCACGCCGCUCAUGCUAUUAAGUUUUUUAAUCAUGGUAUUAUCGUCCGUCAUUGCAGGAUGGUCAGAUUUUAGUUCAUUUGCAUCUGGGAAUCCCUCUGAUUUGAUUCAUCUCAACAUUGGAUACAUUUGGAUGGCCAUCAACUGUCUGUCUUCUGCUGGAUAUGUUCUCUACAUGCGCAAGCGGAUCAAAUACUUCAACUUCAAGGAUUUUGACACCGUCUAUUACAAUAAUAUCAUCAGUCUUCCUAUCAUGCUCACACUCAGCUUUUGUCUCGAAGGUUGGAUGUCAGGAGAGCUAGAUAGGACAUUCUCACCAGAUGUAAAGACCCCUCUCACUGUGGCGGCAGUUCUCUCGGGCGUAUCAUCAUUCUUGAUUUCUUACGGCAGCGCAUGGUGUGUUCGGUGCACAUCGUCGACCACAUACUCCAUGGUUGGUGCUCUAAAUAAGUUACCGGUCGCUGCUAGUGGUAUUUUGUUUUUGGGUGACCCAGCAACAGCAAGCAGCAUCCUGGGCAUUUUACUUGGUUUCCUUGCAGGAUUGUUGUACAGUUAUAGCAAAACGGACCAAGCUCAGAAGAACUUUGGACUUGCGAAUGGAUCAUCACUCUCUAAUCCUCAUCAAAUUACAGCAGCCACAAUAGAAACAGGCACAGCAAGCGCUAACGGCAGUAGCAGUAUUGGCGAUGGAGGUGAUGACAACAUUAUAGAGCUGAAAGCGCCCGCCAACCAUUCCACCAAGAGUACACAUGUCUCGCUGUAUGGCCCCAAUUCUGAUGGGAAAGUGGCGGACUGAUUUUGUAAUGUAUAAAAUUAUAAAUUAUAUAGGAAGUAGAUGCAAACAUUGAGUACAAAAAAUAAAUAAAAGCAAGG